GGGCGGCUUCCGUUUCUUUUUCUUCGAAAAAAAAAAAAAAAAAAAUGCAGCAACCCAGAAAAAGAUGCGUGAUGAUAUUGUUGUGGGCGAUCAUGUGGGUGUUCUUGUUUAUGGAAGAGGGAGCUAAUUCAGACCCGCAGCUCAAUCUGCUCAACUCAGGUUGCAGUCAAUACAACGUCACCAACUUUCAGGACUUCAGCACAAACCUCAACGCCACUUUCGUCAAACUCAGGGAGGAGCUCGUCGACGGUGGUAACAACUACUUCGCCACAGCUGACCAGGCGGCCGGUUCCAGCCCUGCCUACGCCAUGGUGCAGUGCAGGAACUACCUCUCCCCGUCUGACUGCUUGGCUUGCUUCGACGCUGCUUUGACUAGAAUCCGGAACUGCUCUGCGCAUGCCGCCAACGGGGCACGUGUCAUCUAUGACGGGUGCUUCCUCAGGUAUGAGAGCAAUAAUUUCUACGAUCAGAGCACACAGGAAGGGCAUUCUAUGAUUUGUGGGAAUCAGACUGCAUCGAAUCCCACCUCCUUUAAUGCAGCGGUAGGAGGGCUUUUGAAUGACCUACAAGCGGCAACCCCCAGGAUCAAUGGUUACUUCGCCGCCAGCAAGAAGGAAGUGAGUGGGAACAUAACGGUGUACGGCGUGGCACAGUGCAUAGAAACCAUCAGCGAAAGCGGCUGCCGGGGUUGCAUGGCUGUGGUGUAUAGCGACAUUCAGCAAUGCCCUCCUAAGUCGGACGGGCGAGCUAUGGAUGUGGGAUGUUUCUUGAGGUACUCAGAAUCUCCCUUCUUUGCUGAUAAUCAAACUACUGACAUUGCCCCCUUCCUCAAGAACGAAAGUUCCAGCAAGAAAGAUGCUCUGAUCGGGGGACUGGUUGGGGGCAUUGGGUUCCUAAUACUUGUCCUAGCGGUAUUUUUCUGGUUUAGAUCAUCAAGAAGGAAGAAAAUGGCACCAAGAGGUGACAUAUUAGAGGCAACAGAACUGCAGGGUCCCGUUAAUUACAGCUACAGAGAUCUGAAUUCAGCAACCCAAAACUUCAGUCUGGAAAAUAAAUUGGGAGAAGGAGGAUUCGGUGAAGUAUACAAGGGCAUUCUCAAGAACGGGAAAGUGGUGGCGGUGAAGAAGUUAGCAAUCGUCCAAUCUCUCAGAGCAAAGGCAGAUUUCGAAAGCGAAGUGAGGAUCAUUAGCAAUGUUCAUCACCGGAAUCUCCUCCGCCUUCUUGGCUGUUGCAGCAAAGGUGCCGAGCUUCUUCUAGUCUACGAAUUCAUGCCCAACGGUAGCCUCGACAAAUUUUUGUUCGGUGAAAAGAAAGGAUCUCUCAACUGGAAGCAACGAUUUGAUAUAAUCCUUGGAACAGCAAGAGGCCUCGCCUAUCUUCACGAAGAGUUCCACCUCUGCAUUAUUCAUCGCGAUAUAAAGCCUAGCAAUAUUCUGCUGGAUCAUGAUUUCCAGCCUAAAAUUGCAGAUUUUGGUUUGGCAAAGCUUCUUCCUCAAGAUCGGACUCAUCUCAGUACCCAAUUUGCAGGAACACUGGGAUAUACAGCACCGGAAUAUGCACUUCACGGACAAUUAUCUGAGAAGGUGGAUGCUUACAGCUAUGGCAUCGUUGUUCUUGAAAUCAUUAGUGGCCAGAAGAGCAGUGAGACUAGAUCUGAUUCUGUAGACGAAUUCCUCCUCAAACAGGCUUGGAGUUUGUACGAGAAUAACAAACAUGAAGAACUGAUGGAUGAGACAUUAGACAGAAGCGAAUACGAUGCAGAAGAUGUUAGGAAAGUGAUUGAAAUUGCUUUGAUGUGCACUCAGGCAUCGGCUGCCUCCAGACCAACCAUGUCUGAGGUAGUCGUUUUGCUGAGAAGCAAAGGAUCCCUUAAUCGCAGACCAACCACCAAGCCCAUCUUUGUCGAAUCAGACAAAAAGGUCCGAACAGACACAUCCACCUCCACCGGCUCCUCUGCAUCCAAUGCCACAGCCUCCAUCAGUCAGUUCUCUGGUCGCUAACUCUUAGAUAGAUUCAUGGUAUAU